UUCGAAAUAUUGCCAAAUACGACGCUUCUUCUUUUUUCAUUUCCCGUGGAGAAAAAACUGAAAGAGAUAUACAGUAGGUGUUCUAAGAACACAUAAGAGCUAGAAAUCAGAAACAUUCUUUUUGGUUUCAGUUGUAUUUUUGUCAAUCUGUCGUUUCAAGAGAUGAGAAACGGAUUUAUUAUUAUCGGUUGAAUAACUUCGUUAAAAGAGGGAAGAAUGUCGAAGCUUUUCUCAAGGUUAACCGGUUUCUUUACCUCUCGAAAUCUCGCCGGAGUUGAUAAAUCAGGGAAUCGAUAUUUCACUCUGCAAGAAAAUGUUGAUGGAAUCAUGAAAGAAAAGAGAUGGGUGAAAUUCAAAGCAGAGGAUGACCCUACCUCCAUUCCAGUUGAGUGGAUCUGCUGGUUGAAUGGACAAAGAAAGAAAGCUCCAACGGAUCAGGAAAUGGCUGAUCUGGAGGCAAGGCGUGAACGUGUUAAACUUAAUAUUGCCACUCUUAAGAAAGAAGAGGAGGAAAGGAAAUCCAAAGAGGGAAAAAUUAAACGAAGCAUAAGCACUGAUAAAGUUGGAGGUCCCGACUUGAAGAGUUUCAUUCGGCAGUUUCCAAAUUCAUCAGGAGAAGAUAUUCAGUAUGGUGUUAAUUCAACAGGAGAUGGGAAAAAGGAACAAACAAAUGCAGCUGAUGAUAACACCGACAGUUCCAGGUCUACAGAACCAACAGGAACUGGCAAAUCCUACAAACCAGGGACAUGGCAACCACCAACAUGACACAACUCAUGCAGUUCACCAACUGGGCUUCUUAGCGGACUCUUAUUCUUCCUGGAGGGCUGUAAUCUAGGUUCAGAUUUAUUUUCCCUAUUGGUCAAUGAUUGUACCUUGUACCCAAUAAAAUCAUUGUUGCAUCACUCCAUCUGAGAAGAUAGCUACUUCCCAAACGCCUGCCUUAGGUUUUUUGAGCAUGUACAUCUCGUCUGAUGUUGUAAUCUCAAAGUGAUUUCACAAGGGCUAGAUAGUUUAGAUUGUUAUUCAAAAUUUUUGACGAGUCCCCAUGAAUGAAUGUAUUAUCACCAGGAUUGAUUGGAUCUAUUAUUGUACCUUUCAUUUGAAUCAGUGGACAGUGAAGAGAAGGAUGUAAAUUUGAAUGAUCUGUUGGAUAUGGUUUGAACUUUGAAUUUGUGAUCAUAUAGUCCUAGUUCUGUUGCUUCACAGU